AGUAUUAAGUUAAUAAUCUUAUAACAAAAACUGCGCUAAAGAUGAAGCGAUCUGGUUGAGUCCAGAUACUUUCUACUCCUACUGUAUUUAAGUUUCACCACUUUUCUUCAACCCUUAAUAUUUAUCUUCUUUCACCUCAUAACUCAUGACUCCAAAGCCAAACCAUAAAGUAGCGUCACGUGUGGCGGCUGAGCGGUGACCCUAGGCUCUACUGUAGUUUUAUGCCACUAAGGUGCUAUUGGUGGUAGUACUUAAUUUUAUAUACACCUUCACAGUGACAAUGAAUGCUGAUUUAAUCUCAUCAUCGGAUGAUGAAGAUGUUCAGUCUUCAGAUGACGAAGAUAUACCAACUUCGAAAGCACUUGACGAGGCAUCACCUACAAGAAAGGAAGUUGGCGAGGGUGACGGAGAGAUAUUAAGUAAAAUAACAGAGAAGCCAUCAGAAUUUAUACCCCUUCAAGAGCCAGGAGCUGCACAAGAGCAAGACAUCGACUUGAACACAGAGCUGUACAUUUUCACAAUACCACAAGAAAUAGUAAAUCCUCUUAACCUGAUUAAUACUGAAGUUGUUAUUAGUGACAAAAAAGGACAAAACCUUAAUGUUGAAGGACUGCAAUACAAAAUUGUGUCUUACAAAAAUUCCAAGGUAGCUGACUCUCCCACCCUCUUCCUGCCUGAUGAAAUAGGUCACUUACAUAGAGUGAAUUCAGAGGUCAAGGGCCAUGUAAUCAUCAAAGGGCAACCUAGAAACUUUGUCAAUAAUAAAAGAAUAGAUAUACAUGCACUAAGGUCAAUUCGUCACCAGCCACCAACAGAUAUUAGAGAAAGAAACUUUUUAAGUAAAACUGGUAAUGAAAAAGAAUCCAAAUCAAGAAAAAGGUCUGUUGUUGAGGAAAUGGAUGAAGUGUCACCCAGAACCAAGAAACAGAAGAAGAAGAAGAAGUCAAUUACUUCAUAGAGUUGUGAUGAUAGCAGUCGGGCAAGGGUUACUCAAGUGAGGGUUAAAAACUUAUUUCUCAAGUGAGGGUUAAAAACUUAUUUCUCUACUUUGAAAAUAUAGUUGUUUUUAUCAGAUUAAUAAUUAUAUUCUGGUAUGGUAAGCCUCAUGGUGUACAAUUCAUCAUAAAUAAAACAAAUUCUUCAAUAAUUUCAUGAAAAUGAUAUAUUUGAAAUUUGACCUUAAAAUAAAAGGAUAGGGAGUAUUCAGAA